AUGGUUCAAGCUGAGUGCUUUAGCAAAGACAUCUUGUCGCUAGAAAAAGGACAAGAAGUACCAAGAAAUAGCAAGUUACGGAGUUUGAAUCCCUUCCUACGCGAUGGUUUAAUACUGGUGGGUGAAAGACUCAACAAUUCAGACAUGGCGGAUAAACGUAAGCACCCUGUGGUAUUGCCUGCCGCUCAUAAAGUAACCAGUAUGAUAUUUGAAAAAUACCAUCUGGAGCUUCUCUAUGAAGGACCUCAACUCUUGUUGUCUGAGGUAAGGCGUUUAUACUGGCCACUGCUAGGUCGAGUAACUGCAAGGUCAGUGGUAUGGCGUUGUGUUCAAUGUACGAAAGCGCAGCCACGUUUUGAUCACCCAAUCAUGGCAGCGUUCCCAAGAGAUCGAGUGCAGUGUACUAGACCCUUCACAGUUACAGGUGUAGAUUUUGCGGGAUCAAUAUAUAUUCGAAGUGGAUUGAGACGCGUGGCAGCUAAGAAGGCUUGGAUUGCAGUAUUUGUUUGCUUUUCCACAAAGGCCAUACAUUUGGAGUUAGUUGACGAUCUUUCGAGUAAGUCCUUUAUAGCGACAUUGUGUUGUUUUAUGUCUAGAAGAGGAAAAUGUGCUAAGAUGUAUAGCGAUAAUGGAACAAAUUUUGUUGGCGCUCAAAAGGAGUUAGUCUCAAUGAUGAAGAAGGCCAGUGUUGACUUAGAGAAAGACGGUAUUGAGUGGCAUUUUAAUCCACCGGCUGUGCCCCAUUUUGGUGGUAUAUGGGAGAGUGCCGUGAAGAGUAUGAAGCAUCACCUGAAAAGAGUUAUAACGGAUCAUAAGCUAACAAACACAGAAAUGCGUACACUACUAUGCCAAAUCGAGGCUUGUCUUAAUUCAAGACCGAUGACCCCCCUAAAUAGCGACCCUUCAGACUUGGCCGUAUUAACCCCAUCUCAUUUCUUGAUUGGUCAAAGGAGUAUUUACCGCAAACUCAAUUCGUGGCAAGUGGACGAGUAA